ACCAUGACCAUCUCCGUGGGUGUCUUUUGCCCACAGAGCCGUGCUCCCUCGGCGUCAUACUUGCAGUCGAUACGGCAAUUUAUUCUUACCCACCCCAUUCUCCAAUGUCUGAUAACAGAGGUCGUCACAUUGAAGGAGGUGCAGACAUUGCUCGCGAUGAAGAACGCGGCAAUCGAUCGCCUCCCCCGGGCGUUGCAAUAUACGGAUUACCUUAUCCAAUGGUUGGUGACUGGGGACGGAGAUGCUGCUGCGUCCACGCAGUCCGGUAUUGUCGCCUUGCCCCGACUUGUCAUCCUCCAGGUCGCCCAAUACUUUCAGUACUUGGAGAGCCAGCAGAUCACGCAUGCAGAUGUCAUCGCCCAGGUCCGACCUGCAGGCGGCCUGCAGGGCUACUGUGGAGGCCUCCCCGCGGCACUUACACUCUCGUGUGCGGCCAGCGAAACAGAGGUUGGGCCGUUGAUCUGCACCGCCAUCCGUCUCGCGUAUGCCAUCGGACUGUACGCGGAGCUAGGAGAUGACUCAACAGUGCCUGGAGCGACGACGAUCGUGGUUCGCCUGAAGUCGGAAGGCCAAGCUGAAGACCUGGUGCGACACUAUCGUCAUACCUACAUCUCCGCCAUCACAGACCCGCGGUCAGUUAGCCUGGUAGGUCCGGUUGACGAGCUGGCAGCGCUCCAGGAGCGCGCAUCGGACCUGGGACUGCUCUUGCAAGCCAUGGAUAUACGAGGCAAGACCCACAACCCGGAAAAUAUGGACCUGGCGAGGGAGCUGGUCGGGGUCUGCCGUGAGUCAGAGAUGCUGCAACUCCCGGGACCGGAGCACCUAAAGAGCCCAGUUCGAUCGAAUCGGACGGGAGACCUCAUUACUAGCGGAGGAUCAUUGAGCGAGGAAAUUGUUCAGACAGUGCUUGCCUCCAGAUGCGAGUGGUAUCAGCUGCUGUGCAAUGUCGCAAGGGGGCUCCAGGAGACCGGGCAAACCGCGCACCAAAUCGUUUCCUUCGGCGUGGGCGACGUAGUCCCCCUGAUGCCAUUUAACAAGCUAGGGCUUAGGAUUGAGAAGCAGGACUGGGGGGCACCGAAGAGAAGGCUUGGUCAGGAGAAGUUGCCGUCCUACCCAGACGACGCGGUAGCCAUUGUUGGCGCAUCCUGUCGGCUUCCUGGAGCAAAUACCAUGGAGGAACUAUGGGAGGUUUUGUCCGAGGGACAGGAUCGCCACGAGAUGCUCCCAAGGUCCCGGUUUGAUCUUCAUGGUGCCUACCGCGCGCGCCAGAGCGGCCCUUUUGCUGUUCAGCGGCAGUUCUACGGAAAUUUCCUGGACGGGGUCGAUCAGUUCGACCAUGCUUUCUUCGGGAUUAGCAAGAGGGAGAUGUCCAACAUCGAUCCUCAGCAACGAGUGCUGCUGGAGCUGGCCUAUGAAGCGAUGGAGUCCAGUGGCUACCUAAAGUCCCACCGGCGCGACCGCGGCGACUCAGUGGGAUGCUUCAUCGGGGCCAGUUUCGUGGAAUAUCUGGACAAUACGAACGCUCAUGCGCCGACGGCAUACACGUCGACCGGCACGAUUCGGGCCUUUCUUUGUGGGCGGCUGAGCUAUUACUUCGGAUGGAGGGGUCCCGCCGAGGUAAUCGACACGGCUUGCUCUUCAUCCUUGGUCGCCAUUAAUCGUGCAGUGAAGGCGAUCCAGAGGGGCGAAUGUUCCAUCGCGCUAACUGGAGGUAUUAACCUCAUCACUGGGAUAAACAACUUCCUUGACCUGGCGCGGGCGGGCUUCCUAAGCCCUACCGGGCAAUGCAAACCCUUUGACGAACGUGCAGAUGGGUAUUGCCGCGCUGAAGGGGCCGGGCUAGUCGUGCUGAAACCACUGAGACAAGCGCUUAUGGAUCAGGAUCGUAUCAUGGCUGUCAUCCCCGGGGCAGCAACCAACCAGGGGGGGUUGUCGUGUGGGAUUACGGUGCCAGAGCCCAAGGCCCAGGUUGAGCUUUACCGUGCCGUCCUGGACCAAGCUCGCCUGGACCCAACCCAGAUUACAUAUGUGGAAGCCCACGGGACAGGAACCCAGGCGGGGGAUCCCCUGGAAGUUCAAAGCAUUCGAUCUGUGCUGGGAGGCUCGACACGAAGCACUGACCUUACAAUUGGCUCGGUGAAAGGCAAUAUCGGUCAUUGUGAGACCGCCGCCGGAGUGGCAGGGGUACUGAAGGUUAUCUGCAUGCUGGAACGUCGCUCGCUCGUCCCACAAGCCAGUCACACGUCCUGGAACCCUACGAUCCCCGCUCUGGCACCUGACCGGAUGCGCCUCUGCAGCACACUACAGCCAUGGACGGCUCCCCUUCUCGCAGCCCUCGUGAACUCCUACGGGGCGGCUGGUUCAAAUGCAGCCAUCGUGUGCUGCGAAUCUCCACGUCAACCCGCGCCGCUGCAGCAGCAGGCACAAAUCCAGAGGCGUUGGCGAUAUCCAGUCAUCUGUAGUGCGUCGACAGAGUCGAGUCUCCGACGCUACCAGCAGGCACUUGCUGCGUUUCUGCGGAGAAAAACCCCCCCGCCCGCUAUGGCAGCUCUGGUAUAUACCUUGUCCGAGAAGCGGCCACUGCACAAAUUCGCCAGUAUCAUUGAGUCAGAGGGUGUGGAGGAUCUCGCCCGCCAACUGGCAGAUGGCGCCCCGACGCCCAUCAUCGAACGCACCUCGUCGCCGGCUCCUAUUGUUCUCGUAUUCGGUGGCCAGAGUAGGGAAACUAUUGGGCUAAGGCAGGAUUUGUAUCAGCACUGCGUGGCCUUCCGCGCCUACCUUGACCUCUGCAACAACACCCUCCAAGAGCUGGGAUACCCAUCCAUUUUACCUGCAGUCUUCGACACGGCUGACCUGUCCGACAUCGUUGUCCUCCAGACGGGGUUCGUUUCGGUUCAGUAUGCAAGCGCCCUCACCUGGAUUGAUGCAGGACUCGACGUCACGGGGUUGAUUGGGCAUAGUCUGGGCGAGCUCACAUGCUUGGCUGUCAGCGGCAUGUUAUCUCUCCGAGACAUGCUGCGACUCGUAGCAGGGCGCGCUACCUCGAUGAAGGUCAGAUGGGGGGGCGACAGGGGUAAGAUGAGUGCAGUGUUUGCUAGCCUAGAGGAGGUCAAGGCCCUGAUUGAGGGCCAGCCUCUGGAAAUUGCCUGCUAUAACGCCGAGAAAAGUUACGUGGUCUCGGGGGAGACUCGAGCAAUGGCGACCCUCCAAGCCCGGCUGCUCGCUUCCCCCGUCAGGUCCGUGGCGGUGGAUACGAGCCACGGAUUCCAUUCCAUGCUUGUGGAACCAGUUCUCGAGGACCUGAGUAGACUCGGUGAGUCCCUGCAUUGGAGCGCCCCGCAGAUCCCGAUGUACCCGUGUUCCCGUGAGGCUCGAGAUACGCCGCUGCCAUACAAUCCCGGGGAUCACGCACGCGAACCGGUCUUCUUCGCACAUUCUGUGCGGCGGAUUGAAGCCCAAUUAGGCGCCUGUAUCUGGCUGGAAGCAGGAAUGGACACCCCCAUCAUCCAAAUGACGAAAAGAGCGGCCACGAGCCGAACCCAUGCCUUCUGCGCCAUGGCCACCAAAGACGGGGUGCAAGGGGUGAAUGCGCUCUCGCACACUAUAGCCAGCCUCUGGUCCCUGUCCGUGCCGGUUACUCACUGGUUAUUCUUGCAGCCACAUGACCAGGUUUGGCUGCCCCCGUAUCAGUUUGAGGCGACCCGGGGAUGGUUGGAUAAUAUCGAUCGAGCAGCCGAGAUACAGCAGCAUCUCGACCAGCACACCGCAGUAGCAGCGAGGGAAGACGCAAGGCACGCAAAGGAAGAUGCGAUACCUCGAUCAAAACUCGUAUCCUUGUUACCCUCGACCGAGGAUCGUACUGAAGACCGAGUGCGACACUUCAGAAUCGACGGAAUGAGCGAGCGUUUCCGGAAGAUUGUGUCGGGACAUGCAGUGAGGCAACGCCCGUUGUGUCCGGCAUCCGUCUACCUCGAGUGUGUUACGAUGGCACUCGACCUGAUUGGGGAGCAAGAGGGGGGCCAUCCCAUGAAGGGCACGGAAUGGGCGUUCGAGGACCUCAGCAUCCAGGCCCCGCUUGCAACCGGUGCGGCACUGAUCGAGCUCACCCUCGAAGAUAGCCCGGAUGCGGCUGGCCGUCGGUAUAUGUUUUUGGUGCGGAGCCGCAGCCAGCCGCUCUCAACUAACCACACAUUGCAUGCCACAGGCUGCGUCACUCGGGAGCCUUCCUCCAACCUGCAGCCAGUAGGCCGGCUGGUAGGUCGACACGUCCAGGCACUGCAGGACUCGGGUGACGUGGAACGAAUGCAGGCCAAACGCGCGUACGGGCUAUUCUCCCGCGUGGUCACGUAUGCGGAGUUUCUCCGAGGUAUAUCCCAGAUUCGCAUCCGAGGCAGUGAAGGUCUUGCAACGGUGAUCAUCCCGGGGGGCCAGCCUGGACUGGACGAGAGCACAGCUAUAGCACGGUGCGAUGCGGUCAGCCUGGACAACUUCAUCCAGGUGGUUGGGCUCCUGAUGAAUACUAGCGAGUUGGUUGGCGUCGACGAGGUGAUGGUUUGCACGGGUAUCGACAAUUGUACCCUGUCUAGGGAGUGUGAUUUGCCCCUUGGGGAUGGCGAUAAACACAAUCCGGCCCAAGUCUAUGUAUCAUACAAGGACUGUGGCUCCGGAAAAGCCGUGGGUGAUGUCUUUGUCUUUUCAUCCCGGGGAACGCUGAUCGCUGCCAUCACGGGCUGUCACUUCACGAAGAUUGCAAUCAGUCGACUGGAGCGACUCCUCGAUACCGCCAAUCGCACUACUGCCGCCGCACAUCAAGCACGCGCGGUUGCUCCUGUGGCGGUGGACGGAAGGCUCAUGACAGACAGCAGCGAAGCAGAGAUGCCGAUGACACCAGAUCUGAGCAGUGGGUCGGGCCCAGAGGAGGAUGAAGACGAGGACGAGAACGAGGAUGAGCAGUCUCUACCGGACGUUCGAGCGAUGCUAGAGUCUUACACCGGCGCCACCGCAUCGAAGAUCCUUAACACGGCCGUACUCACGGAUCUGGGUCUAGAUUCGCUCGCAGCCGUCGAGAUGCUUGGAGAGCUAGCCGCCUUAUGUGAUGUUACCCUGGACAGUCAGGACCUUUUGACUAUCACUGUCCAAGAACUGGAAACGCAAAUCGGGCACGCGCAUAGCGCUAGGCGAUCACCGCCGCGCAGGCAAUCACCAAAGGCCACAGCCCAGAAGUCAUGCACGGCACCCGCAAGACCCUCGAGACACACGACGAGAGGGGUGAAGGCGAUCGCCCAGGUCAAACAGGUCAUAUCAGAACUGACUGGGAUCGAGGUCGAUCAGGUCCAGCAUGAUAUGACACUGGAACAGCUUGGAGUGGACUCGCUUGCGCUGGUGGAGGUGGUCGCAGCUGUAUCCGAUGCAGCGGCCCUCCCUAUUCCAAGCGAGGGAAUCGUCCUCAGCUCCACCAUUGUCGAUUUGCUUGCCCUUCUCCCAACAGUCGGUCAAGAAGCAUCAAAACCAGAGCCUCCUUCCAACAACUGCCCUGCGGUUACUGCCUUGGUUCCGUUCACACCAACCCCAAUUCGCCCCUCGCUAGAACAGGGCCCCUCGGGGCCCCGGAUACGGCUUGAUCCUAUGCGCGGCAUGCGAUACAGCAACGCGAAGCUAGCAGACCAUGCCGCUCGGCGGGGCUAUACGUCCUACUGGGACGAUGUCGCCAUUCGCCAAGAUCAGCAGACUCUGGCGUACGUGGUACAGGCCUUUGCAACCCUUGGGGUGGACCUGCAGAGCUUGAGGCCAGGAGAACCGAUUCCACACAUCGACGUUCUGCCCCAGUACCGGAGACUGCUCCAGCGACUAUGGGCCAUACUAAUGAAACACGGAGCCGUCGCCCAGGGAGGCCAGGGCGUCCGAAUUCGCGGGCCCAAAGAAGAUCUUAUUCCGCCGCCGGACCAUUUACAUGCGGAAUUUGUAGCCCAAUGUCCCACGUAUGCCAUCGAGGCCCGCCUGCUGGCCUUAACUGCCCCCUACCUGGCUACCGUCCUUCAAGGGAGUGUCGACCCUGUCAAGCUACUCUUCGGGUCACCGGCUGCCAGUCAGAUCAUGGAAGGAUACUAUGGCUGUUCUCCCAUGCUCUCGACCGCCACGGAUCAAAUGGUAGACUUUGUCACGGGGUGCGUAGGCGGUUCUCAACCGAAGGCUGCUGUCUUCCGCAUACUGGAAGUCGGAGCCGGCACCGGGGGGACCACGGUUCGUCUUGUUGAAGCCCUGGCCAAAUGUGGCGUUGCGGUCCACUACACCUUCACCGACAUUUCGGCCAGCAUGGUCGCCAAAGCCCGCAGGCGUUUUGCGAAGGUGAAAUGGAUGCAUUUCGAGAGGCUCGACCUUGAACAAUCCUCACUUCCCCAUAUGAGGGAGAGUUUUGACAUGGUAAUCGGCACAAACUGCGUCCAUGCCACCCGAAACAGGGUGCUCGCAAUCAGUCGAAUCCGAGAUAUAUUAGCCCCUGAGGGGCUUAUUGUCCUGUCGGAGGUGACGCGCAUCAUCGACUGGUAUGACCUGGUCUUUGGUCUGCUCGAUGGCUGGUGGUUAGCCGCGGAUGAAGGGCUCACCUAUCCGCUCCGUGCGGCCAGUGAGUGGGUGAAAUCUCUGCAUCGGGCGGGAUUUGGCUCUGUCCUGGUCUCUGAGGGCCGCAGCGAGGAUUUGAACACCCAGCAGCUGCUGGUAGGUUGCAAGGCAUGUGACAUGCCAGGCCCUAACGAUGGACAGAGUCCCGUCCUUCGUGCCCCAGCAACAACUCAGAUGGCGAUGAUCAAGGAGUCUGUUACCUACAAGAUCGUGCACGAGGUGGAGCUCGAGGCGGACGUCUUCUUACCCGCUCCCUCUAUGGCCGAUGUCAACUUGAAGAACCCUAUGGCCAUUGCCCUUAUGGUGCACGGAGGGGGGCACAUGACGCUCUCCCGUCAAUCGGUGCGUCCUGCACAGACCGCGUAUCUUCUUGCCAAUGGCUUUGUGCCGGUCAGUAUCGAUUAUCGACUCUGUCCCGAGGUCAAUAUCAUCGACGGCGCGAUGGCGGAUGUGCGAGACGCGUAUCUCUGGGCGCGCCACACGCUGCCAAAGUGGACCAUGCUCCGUCAGCGAGGUAUUCAGCUGGAUGCCGAACGCAUUGUUCUAGUUGGUUGGUCGACGGGGGGCCAACUCGCCAUGUCGACUGCAUGGACAGUGGCUGCGGCCGGGGAACGGCUGCCCUCCGCCAUCCUGUCCUUCUAUUCCCCAUGCGACUUCCUUUCGACGGCGGACGUCUUUGCCAGCCCACAGCUACCGCCUGUGCAUGCGUUCACCGACCAGCAGGUUAUGGAAAUCCCCCUGGCAAUGAAUCCGUUAACCCAGUACGAAGUCAAUGAGUCCGAGAGUGGCUGCCAGACGGGUUCCUUUGGAUGGCUAAAGCCCGGAGACCCUCGGUCGGAACUCUUGCUUUCGCUGUGUCGACAGGUCAAAGGAUAUGGGCUUUCACUCAUGCUGAAUGGGGGGAGGUCUGGGGCAGAGCGGCGGCGGCACAGACGGGUGGGCGACUUGAUCGCUGAGGGAUGGCCAAGUAACGAGCGGCAAGCGUGGAUUUGUCCGACUGCACAACUGUUGGCCGGCAACUACCGGGUCCCUACAUUCAUCAUUCAUGGGCGUCAAGAUGAAGUUGCCCGGUUCGAAUCGGCUGAGCGUUUCCACCAAGAGCUCCAGCGACAGGAAAUUGCCUCGGGAAUGCUACAGUUAGAGCAUGCCCGUCACAUCUACGACCUGCACCUGAAGCCUGGAAUGGUGGAGUGGGAUGAACAGGUGGCCCCGGGGUAUAACUUCUUAUUCAACGUUGUGGGAUAGUCGGGCCAGCAGCAGCACGGUCUCAUCAGGUUUUGACUGCAAGCGCGAGGUGGAGUGAACCAUAUGAUCAGGAAAUUUGUUAUAAUGACUCCACGUGAUGGCUUCAUGCCAGUAAUAUCCUUAGUCAAAAGUGAAAUAUG